AAACUGUACAACUUCCUUCUCACAAAAAAGAAGCUGUACAACUUCCUUCUCACAAAAAAGAAGCUGUACAACUUCCUUCUGACAAAAAAGAAACUAUACAACUCCCUUCUCACAAAAAGGAAACUAUACAGCUCCCUUUUCGCAAAAAAGAAACAGAAAAAGAUCCUGUAGAUGUUCCGAAAAAUCCAAUAUUUGUUCCUUAUCCUUCUUUAGAAAGUCGUUCUCGAAAACGGCAUUCAGAAUCCCGUUUUCCUAGUUAG